CGGACGUGAUUGAGAACUAGCAGUUCUGUGCAGUUUCUCGUUUCUUUAAACCGUGGUGAAGCCCAAAAGUGCCCAGAUGGAUGAUGUUCGUCACGUCAGCAGGAACAUGAUAAUAAUAGCCAUCAGGCAGCAAAUCAGACGCUACAUCGAGCUCGACUCUUCAGAUCACAUAUAACUCCUUUCCCCAGCGAGCCUCACAGAUGUUCUGUCGACUGGGAAGGAACGAGAGCGUUAACCUCGCCGGAGAGACGUUUUAAUCAGACCCUGAAGCGUUCAAGUGUGCAUUUGCUCACAUAUUGGCGAUGUUGGAGACCAUGGCUGGUGUAGAGCGCGUUUGAGGAGCUGUCAACUAGUGGCAUGCGUUUCAGAGGACAAAUUCAAGGCUAAGAGAGACCUCUAUAGCCUACCUGCAGUCUUCUUCAAACCACUGGAGAUAAUCAGAUAAAGUUUGUGAUGGAUUUCAAUGUGACCCCCACUGAGAACUCCAGUGAUGUGUUUAACUCAUCUCAACAUUUAAAUGCAGACACUGAUGAACAGUAUCACAAUGUUCUCAUGCCAAGCAUUUAUGGAGUCAUCUGCUUCGUCGGCAUUAUAGGCAACUGCAUCGUCAUCUACACCAUCGUCAAAAAAAAUAAAUUCAGGGCGCAACAGACAGUGCCUGACAUCUUCAUCUUCAGCCUGUCCAUCGCAGAUCUUUUGUUUCUUCUAGGGAUGCCGUUCCUCAUCCACCAGCUGGUGGGAAACGGUUCGUGGUGUUUCGGUGCUACCAUGUGCACCGUUAUCACAGCACUGGACUCCAACAGCCAGAUCGUGAGCACCUACAUUUUAACGGUCAUGACUUUGGAUCGAUACUUGGCCACGGUUCAUCCCAUCCGCUUCAACCACAUACGCACUCCAUGCGUGGCUGUGGCGGUGGUGGGCCUGGUGUGGAUCCUCUCACUGCUGUCCAUCACGCCGGUGUGGAUGUACGCCGGCCUCAUGCCCCUGCGGGACGGAUCGGUGGGAUGCGCUCUGCUCCUUCCCAAUCCGGCCACAGACACGUACUGGUUUACUCUCUACCAGUUUGUUUUGGCAUUCGCUUUGCCAUUGGUGAUCAUUUGCGUGGUCUUUUUCAAGAUCCUCCAGAACAUGGCCGCCACGGUGGCUCCACUUCCCCAGCACAGCCUUCGUGUGCGCACUAGAAAGGUUACUCGGAUGGCCGUUGCCAUAUGCCUGGCGUUUUUCAUUUGCUGGGCGCCUCAUUACAUCUUGCAACUGGCACAUCUGAGCGUGCAACGGCCCAGUUAUGCCUUUCUGUAUGCCUAUAAUGUCGCCAUUAGCAUGGGCUACGCCAACAGCUGCAUCAACCCACUGCUCUACAUCCUGCUGAGUGAAACCUUCAAAAGACAAUUCAUCGUAGCCAUCCGUCCGGCACACAAAGACUUUCGGGUUGAUCCGGCCGAGGGGAGUGUUAGUCUCCGCCUGGCCCCUGACGGACCGCAGCAGUCUCAGUCCUCCCGCGAGCUGCUGCCAGUUACUGUGGCUGUGCACUGAAACGGCACUGACUCAUGCUGAACUCAUUUUUUUGUGUUUCUAUAAUGAGCAUGAAGCUGAAAAGAUGUCUAUGAAGAGUCUUGCAGAAUUGCUCAUUAACAGUUUGUGGUUUGAAAUGGAUCUGUGAUGAUGCACAUUUUGCUUGGCAUAUUUUUGUGCGGUGAAAGAGGUAUGAAGUAUUUUUACAUUGCAGUGACUCAAUACCUUGCAUAGCAUUAACAGCCAUUUGUUUUCUGUAAAAUAUGGCUACUUGUAAGUCUCUUUUUCUUACCAAGGAUGCAUUCAUUUGACUUAUUUUGUCAAUUUAAAGCGAUAGU